AUAAGCACCACCUCGCCUUCCCUCCCCCAUCUCCGAUCGAGAGACAGGCUUCCGAUGGCAGCAGCUCCACCGUUCCCACAGGAACCCUAAGAGACCAGAGACCUUAAGCCCCAGAUCAGAUCCAUCUCCCACCACUCCGUGGGAUGUGGCGCCCGAUGGGAUCCCGAGGCUGCGCCAUGGACGUCCUCGGAAGCGCCAGCUGCGUCGUGGCGUGCCUCCUCGGCGGGCUGCUCCUCGCGCUCUCCCUCCUCUCGCCGCCGCUCUCCGGGGCGCGGCUGCCUGGGAUCCGGCGGAGGCGGAGGAAGCCCGUCCGGGUCUACAUGGACGGCUGCUUCGACAUGAUGCACUAUGGACACUGCAACGCCCUGCGGCAGGCUCAGGCGCUCGGAGACCAGCUUGUUGUCGGGGUUGUCAGUGACGACGAGAUCACGGCUAACAAGGGGCCUCCCGUCAUUCCUCUCCACGAGAGGAUGUUAAUGGUAGGUGCAGUGAAGUGGGUUGAUGAGGUCAUUCCAGAUGCUCCUUAUGCAAUCACUGAAGAAUUCAUGAAUAAGCUAUUCACCGAAUACAACAUAGAUUACAUAAUCCAUGGGGAUGAUCCUUGUCUGCUGCCAGAUGGUACUGAUGCAUAUGCCCUGGCCAAGAAGGCUGGUCGCUAUAAGCAAAUAAAAAGAACCGAAGGAGUGUCAAGCACUGAUAUUGUUGGUCGCAUGCUUCUUUGUGUAAGGGAGAGAUCACUUGGUGGUAGUCAUAAUCAUGCUUCUUUGCAAAGGCAGUUCAGCCAUGGGCACAGCCAGAAAGUCAAUGAUGUGGGGUUUGGCACUGGAACUCGGAUAUCCCAUUUCUUGCCUACAUCUAGGCGAAUAGUGCAAUUUUCAAAUGGCAAGGGUCCAGGCCCUAAUGCUCGGAUAGUGUAUAUAGAUGGUGCAUUUGAUUUGUUCCAUGCUGGACACGUGGAGGUACUACGGCUUGCUCGAGAACUUGGAGAUUUUCUACUUGUCGGAAUUCAUACUGAUCAGACAAUUAGUGCUACUCAAGGACCCCAUCGUCCAAUCAUGAAUCUCCAUGAGAGAAGCUUGAGUGUCUUGGCCUGUCGUUAUGCAGAUGAAGUGAUUAUUGGUGCCCCUUGGGAAGUUUCAAAAGAUAUGAUUACUACCUUUAACAUCUCCUUGGUUGUUCAUGGUACAGUAGCUGAAUAUAUGGAUUUUUCAAAGGAAGAGUCGAACCCAUAUGCUGUUCCAAUGGCUAUGGGAAUUUAUAAGCAGUUGAAUAGUCCGUUGGACAUCACGACUAGUACAAUCAUCAAGAGGAUCGUUUCAAAUCAUGAAGCAUAUCAGAAACGAAAUGAGAAGAAGGAAGCCAGUGAAAAGAGGUAUUAUGAGACCAAAACCUACGUGUCUGGAGAUUGAUUCCCGGGAAGUCAACAGGAACUAUUAUUUCAUGAAUCCUCACAUUUCUAACUCCUGCAGCGAGUGCUGGUUUAAAUAUUGAGCCAACGAUAAUUAGUUCAGGUCUUCAUUGGCAUUGUAUUUUUUCAGAUGAUAGGCCGGAAGUUUGCUGGUUAUACAACUAGCAUCCAGUGACGGUCUAUCGAAUUUUCUUGUUUUAUUCAACUUGUCUAAUUUUUUCUUGUUGUUGCACCCUGUAAUUUGAGUUCCAGUUGUUUUGUAAUUGAGAUUUUUUUUAGAUUAUAUAUAUAUAUAUUUCU